AUGCCUUCAAGCGACACAAUUGCAGUGGACACCGCGGCUGCCCCAUGCCAGGCGACUGUGGUAGGUGCCUUCACCAUUGCAAACACUGAAGCACCUGGUGUGGAAGAUGUACAGAUAGCGCAUGGCGCCUCACCCCCCGCCCCCGCUGUUGCUGCAGCGGCACCUGAGGGCUCGAAGGAUACUCUUAGCUCGAGCACACCACAGCUGAACUGCCAGGCAGCAGUGGUGCGCAUUGGCGAGAUCUUUGGGGAGUUUUCCUGCAACGUGCUCCGUGCUGAUGGUUGCAGCAAUGUCUACGGCGCCAAAAAUGCUCCUUUACCCACAUCGCGAGCGACUGCAGCUUCGCGACUCUUUUCCAAGCGCGGCGGCGCUUCCACACUCUCGCCGGCGGCCGAAACGUUGACCGAAAUGGCGGCGGACUGGCAGCACGACGGUCAGCACAAAUGCGCUUCUGCUGCUGCUGCUGCUGCUGCCGACCUCUCCGCCCCGCGGGACGCGUCGCCCCGCACGACCCCGGCCUUGACGGCUGCGGCGGUCGUUAAUGGCGCAGCGGCAUCCGAUGUGGGCCCCCCUGUAAACCGCGAGGUGGAGGGUGUACUCCGGUGGGAGCUGCUCAUCUACGUGGUUCUACACGAAGAGCAGGGCUGUGGCCCCGGCUCAGCGAUACCGCUUGGUAGUCGAAACCAAUACCGCGGUGGACACAGCAGUGGCGUUUCUCAACACCGUGGGGAUGCGCCUGCAGCACUAGAAGGCGCGCGCGAAGAGGCCGCUCAUGACGAGUGUCCCGUGCCGAAUGACGCGAGGUUGUACUUCCGGCAGACGAUGCCAACGUCGAAACUAUCGAAGGUGGUAAAGCUGGAGGCGGGCCAGCGCUAUACUGUGCGCGUGCGCUGCUACAGUCGCGUCCAUGUGCGCUGGAGUGCGUGGUCGGCACCGAUCCAGACCGCCACGAUGUUUCCCGUCGAGACACGCAUUGCUGAGAUUGGCUAUGACUAUGUGCACUGCACCUGGGACCGUGUGGCGCAGCGUAGCGAGGACGGGCUGACGUGCGAGACGGACGUUGCGACGACGCAGUGGGCGCGCAGCAUUCCUGACUUUGAGCUACGGCUGCUGCGAGAGUCUGACAUGGCGGAGCAGUACCACAGUACCUUCGAGGCCGGCUGCCGCUCUGUCACCAUACGCGACUUGCAGUCUGGGACGCACUACAUUGUUCUCAUGCGGUACCGCACCGUCAUACAUACCAUGCGGGAGUGGACGGAGGUGGCGCGGCUAGUCACAGCGAGUUCGCUGGAGGUGCGUCUACUCGCUCGUGGCGAGGAAACCUUCACCUUUGCCUGGGACCGAGAAGCUCCAAAGAGUGCUGGGAGGACGCCAGCUGAUAAGGAGACUUCGGCCGCCGUUGCCAAUGGCUCGGCUUUUGUUCAGGCGUGCGAUGACGAUGCUGCGGUCGACGUCUUGGGCUAUCUGCAGCCACGAAUGACCGUGCACGAGUACGAGCUCAUCAUCGAUAGCCCCGGGCUGCACUUUGACCCAAUCACUGUACCCGCCUCCGUCCACCAGUACACGCUGGCAGACGUGUUACCGAGCACGACGUACUCGGUCUCCGUGCGCGCGCUUUCGGUGGAGGGGCGGUGGGGCGGCCGCUCCGCUCUGCUCAAGCUGCGCACGGCGGCUCACCCCGUCGUGUCGGUGGCCGCAGUCGGGGAGUCGUUCGCGUCCUUUACAUGGUCGCGUGAGGGGGCGGAGGAGCCGCACGAGUCCCAGCUGCAGUACCGCGUGCAGAGCCUCACCUCCGCGUACUACCAAUCCGAGACCAUUGACCUCGCCCCGCCGUCGUCGACGGCGGUGCAUCCACGCCGUCUGCUGAAUGUCGAGCAUCUCCACGCUGGCAGCGCUUAUACUGUUUCUCUCCGCAUCGCAAUCGAGGGCACAUGGGGCAUCUGGACGGAGCCACAGCGCUUCACGACCGCGCCGACUCUCGUACUCACCUUUCUAGAGCGCGGCGAGGACUUCCUUACCUUGGACUGGCCCUCCACCAGUCUUGCAGCCGCACGGGAGCCGGGCGAUCCCAGCGCUGCAACCGCAGAGCCAUUGCCAGUCUACAACAUCGUCGUAGUGAAGGUGGACGGCGUUGGUGAACGGACGGCCGUGCUCAACGAACGUGUCACGCGUGACCUCAGCCAGCGCGGCUUCCGCGUCAACGACCUCGAGGCUGACACAACGUACGACGUGCAGUGCCGCACGUGGCAACGCAACCCCCUGACGGGGUUCGAGGGCUGGGGCGAGCUGUCGACGCCAGUGCGGAUGUGCACCCUGCAGCCCGUCGCGCUGCAUGUCUGGGAUGUCGGUGAGGAUUUCAUUCAUGUCGUGUGGCACCGUGGUCUGUCUGAGGCCAGCACGGCACAGGCAGAUGUCGCUAACGCCAAGGAUAAUGACGCAGCGAGUACGUUGACGGAGUGUGACCACCUGAAGUACGAGGUGGUGAUGGGGUGCGUGGAGACUGGCGAAGACGCGAUGCUGCAUCACCACGUGCUUGACACGAGCUACACCGUAACCCAACUGACACCAUCGAUGACCUACACGAUCGCUGUGCGCACCUGUGAUGAGAAGGGGCAGCAGGGUUUGUGGAGCCGUGUGACGGUACGCACACUCGCCUCUAUCAGAACUACCAUUCACGAAAUCGGCGAGGACUUCGUGCGACUAGUGUGGCAGCGGUGCUCCGUGCAGCGUGACUCUGAUCUGUACGACACGAUGGCGGCUGAUAGGUUUGUCGCCAAGUACAGCGUUCUUGUGUACGGGCAGGAGCCACUUGGUGUGCCGGUGGUCCCACAUACGCAGAGCGGCUACGGGGCCGGAGGCGGCCACUCCGACAUUGUCCGCUUUGAUGUCGUAUCGAGCGAGCACACGUCGUUGCGCGUCGACGGCCUGUUGCCAGACCGCGAGUACGUCGCCGUUGUGCGGGCUGCCACGUCGAGCGGGAAGUGGGGACUGUGGAGUCGCCCGGUGCGAUUCCGCACAAACCCGCAGUUCCGCAUCCCGACGCACCAACUGACGAUUGGCGAAAACUACGUGAAGGUUGCGUGGAGCCGUGGUGGGUCAGAGGCGUCUCAGCUGCUGUGCGCUGCGGAGGACAGCAACAGCGACGACGGAAAGGUGCAGCUUGGUGACUGGACUGUCACUGGACAAGAGCUGCGCAUCAGCGGUGUGACGACGCAGUAUGCGAGGCAGUACCCGCUCGAUGCGGAUGUGCGAGAGCUGAAGGUUUGCGGCCUACUGCCGGCCUGCGCCUACACGAUUCAGAUUCGAGUGCGUGGACGCUCGGGCAGCUGGGGCCUGUGGUCUGCUCCGGCUCCGAUUCUGACGCGUGGCACAAUCAGUGUCACAACUGAGGAGGUAGCUGAGAACUUUAUCACGGUGCGGUGGGAGCGGCGCAAGGUGGCAAACCCGCAACAGUACCCCACCGGUCACGGCAUCGCUACGUCGUACCACCUGCGCGUCUACAACACGGAUGGGGUGAGCAUGGAGACCUUCUUGGUCGACGGCGACUCUCCGUACUGCGUGACGGGACUCCAGGCGAACACGUACUACUGCGUCGAGCUUAAGGCGAACUACAAUGAUGAGGAGUGGGGCCUGUGGAGCGUGCCGCUGUGGUGUCUGACGAUGCAGCCAAUGCACAUUCAGGCGAAACUAAUCUCUGAGGAGUCCUGCUGUCUGCAGCUCACGCGCCCGAGUCGGCAGCGCCGACUGCCGGAGGACGACGGCAACCCAUCGACCGAGGAUCGCGUCCUUGCACAUGGCAAGCUGCGCCCGAUGAUCAUGCUGUGCGUCACGUCGCCGAUCCUAUCAAAGGCACCAUACCACAGCGCUGCCGUCGCAUCAGGGCAGGCAAAGACGGCGUACCUGAGCGAUGCUCUGCCACCCGAUGCCGCCCAUCAGCGACUCAUCUAUCAGACAGAGCUGCUGAGCAGCGCCGAGACGGUGGAGCACACGGUACCAAACCUCAAGUGCAACACGGUGUACAGCGUGUCGGUGCGCACGAAGCUGGAAAGCGGCGAGUGGGGCAUGUGGUCCCCCUCGCUUGUCUUCGCCACGAUACCGACAACGCGAGUCUCCUUCACCACCAUUGGCGAGAGCUUCGUCAGCGUUGAGUGGGUACGGCACUCGCAGGUCGUCCCGCCGCAGAUCGAGAACCCAAAGCAGGUGGUCCUUGGCGUCGCUACGAUCACCGCCUCACGAGUGCGUGUGCGGGAAAGCGGCGGCAUCUACCAGCACACGUACACGGUGGAGGGCGCGAUGAACUCGCUGCGCAUCGACCACCUGACCCCGGCGACCACCUACAUGGUGUGCGUGCAGACGUUCAAUGACAACUACGAGUGGGGUGUGUGGAGCGAGGAGCAGAAGGUGCGGACCGUGCCUGGCAUGGACAUUCAUGUACAACAUAUCUCGGAGGAUGCGCUGUGGGUGUCCUGGUCGCGCCGCACCGACCUUCACGUCGCCGGGGACGCCAACACGGCGUUCAACGUCAGCAUCUCCGCCCGCGCCUACGAGGUAUGCCUCAUUGGUGAGGGCGGCUUCACCCACACGCAGAAGAUGGACUCGACAAGCCUCUUUUUCCGCGGACUGAUGCCGGACGCAGUGUACACCAUUUAUGUGCGCGCCCUCUUUGCGCAGUCGGAGCACUGGGGACUGUGGUCGGCGCAGGCCCUUCGCACAAAGCCGCGCAUGCGCGUCACAUUCGGCAACAUUGGUGAGCACUUCGUGAUGCUGGAAUGGCGUCGCCACCUGCCCAAACCAACGGAGGCGGAUGUGAGGCAGCGGCUAGAGGACGGCGGCAGCGCCGGCAACGCCUACAUAUCGGACGAGUCGCUGCAGAACGGGGCGCUUGUGCCGUUGAGCCACAGGGAGACCGGCAGCAGCGUUGUGAAGGCGUCGACAUGUAGUGCCACUGGCGCAGCCGUCGUAGCCCGCCAACUACUCUCCAUCGCGGAGACAGAGGACGUUGUUCAGCUCUACCGUUUCAGGGUGCAGCGCGUCAGCGAGGCGCACAGCGUGGUCUACAACAUCGCCCCUACUGUGAGCGGGUUCUGCCUUCACGAUCUGCAGCCCUCGUCGGAGUAUCGCGUGUGGGUCUGUGCGAAGGGGCACGAGGGUGUGUGGGGCCUUUGGAGCGAGGAGUCGCGCGUGCGCACGCUGCCGCGGCUGAGCCUGGAGGUGCUGAAUAUUGGCGAGGACUACGUGCGGGCACAGUGGAGGCGAGGGUCGUGGGAGGGAGUGUGCAUGACUGGGGGCGACGGAGCAGAGGUCCGACAGGUCGACGGAGCUGUCAGUGGGUACGAGAUCCGGGUACUAGACACCGUUAGCACAGUAGCUGCCGCGAGCACGACGACAUUCCGCGAAACCGCCGCAGUGCUUUCUGGCCUACACCUUUCGACGCUCUACACGAUCCAGGUUCGGGCUAAGGACACGUACGACGCGUGGGGGCUCUGGAGUGACCCGGUGCCCUUCUACACGCUGAAACCCGUCGCCGUGAGGUUGCAGCGCGUCGGUGAGACGUUCGUUGACGCGCAGUGGUCGCGUGCGAAGCCCCGGCUGCAUCCGCAACACGCGCAUAAUGAAGGUUCUGAGACUGUCAGCGACGUGGCGGGGCUGCAGGUGGACAAGAAGGGGGCGUUGCACCCUGAUGAGCGCGUGACGCGGUGGCACGUGCGUGUGUCAUGCAAUCGCGUCUUUGCCGGGAUGCCGCAGACAGACGACUACCGUGAGCUGUACGCUGAAGAGGGGGAGCAGGCGCUCCGUAUCGAUGGGCUGCUCCCGCACGCUACCUACUCCAUCGCCGUGCGCGGCCUCAACUGUGCCGGCGACUGGGGUCACUGGAGCCCGGAGGCCGUGGUGUCCACGUGCCCGCUGCUAAAGGUCGAAGUUGCGAUGACUGGGGAGACAUUCCUGCAGCUUGCGUGGCGACGGCCUGAAAUGCGGAGCGGCUUGACCACGACGGCGGCGGCGGACUGGCACGGGAACGAUGAAGGUAUUGGUGCGGCUGUGUUAGGCAGCGAUAGAGGCGAGGAGGAACGUCCUCAAAGCCAGAUGCAGCUUGUAGAGAGCACGUCACACAUCAUGAGCACGCUUAUCUCCCCCGCCGGUGCGUCGUACAGCGAGAACGGUGAGGACGAGGAAGACUACUCUGCGCUGCCAUUCUUCCUCAGCACACCGCUCGAGGCGUACUUGUGCUUCCCCUCCAACGCAGAGGUGCAUAACUUUCAAGUGACCAUCCGCCCCAUGCCGACGGAGCCGGCCUUUGACGAGACGGACGAGUCGCUAGUCGACGGCGCACGUGUGUAUGAGACAACGCAGCCGGCGCUGCGCCUCGGGAAUCUUUUGCCGGGCAUUCGCUACGCCAUUUCGGUGCGAGAGCAGCAGGCAGAUGAGGAGGGUCGCCUUGUCGCGGGGGAGUGGGGCGCACCGUCAGAGGUGGUCUGCGUGCAGACAGUGCCGCCGAUGCAGGUAACUCCUCAGGAAAUCGGUGAGGACUACUGCCUGGUGGAGUGGCGCCGUGCUGCUGCGGCGUCUACCGCAGACAGCCCUGUGCACGGCGUGCCUUUGAUGUCAGCGGAGGGUAAGGCCAUGGCGGCAGCAACGAUUCCGACCGCCGCUACCUGGAUGAUGACUGGUUACAAGUCUAUCGAGUUCGAGCUCCAAACACGCCGCUUGAACAUGGACGGGACGGCACUGCACAACAACCCUCUCGCCCUCGACUCUGUCGUCUCGUUUCCUAGCAGCGUUAACGCGCACCACAUCUCAGGCCUCGCCCCCAGCAGCGUCUACGAGGUCCGCGUGCGGGCGAAGAUCGAGAAUGCGCAGUGGGGGAUGUGGAGCCCGGCGAUACGCUUCGUGACGCAGAGCCGGCUCGAACUGCGCGUUGAUCAAGUGCAGGAGGUGGCGGUGCGUGUCUCAUGGUGCCGCCCGCGUGCGGUGCACAUGCGCAGCGGCAGCAUUAGUCACGUGCAAACGGAGAAGCCCGAGCGGUGCCCAACGAUGGGGUCCGCUGAGGGCGAAGAGGACAUGAAAGAGGGCGCAACCGGGGAUCCGGAGGAGUUGUCUGGCCUCGAAGUAGCGCACCGCACUGCGUUUGCAGAGACUAGCAGCUUGCAGGUAAUUCAGGUGGACUAUGCGGUGCACGAGUACGAGCUGGUCCUCGAGGGAAUCAGUGUCGAGGAGCGACGGUGCCUCACCUUCGUGCAGGAGGUUCAGUCCACCCUCAUCGAAGACCUUCAACAGGAUCAGCUGUACUGUCUCUCUAUCCGGUCUCUCAGCGAGAAGCAGCACUGGUCGCGCUUCUCGACCAAGGUGACGUUUCUGACGCUGGCCUGCGUGCAGGUACAAGUGGCGCAGCGCACGGAGUGCAGCGCGCGGCUGGAGUGGUUUCGGCCACAGCCGGACGUUGGCAAGUUUGUCGAGCUGCUGGCGCGCCACCAGCGAGAUACUCUGCACCAGUGCGACGACCGCGAACGACGCGAGCUGCUGGAGAUGAAGCGCAAGAUCCAGGAGCAGGAGGGGAAGGGAGAGCCCACGAUGGUGGGGGUUGGCUGGAUAAACCCGGCUGUGCGCGAGGAGCACAACGCUCUGCUACGGGAGGAGGCCACACUGCACUACCAGACCGAGCGCGUCGUAGUGGGUGAUGCGAACUGCACCGGCUAUGAGCUACACGUGACUCUGGAGAAGGGGGACGUCUGCCUGCCCUUCAUCACCGCCAUCGAGAUGCUGCGGCGACGUCGGCCAAGCGGCGUGACGACAACAUCGAGCAUGCGGGAAUUGAUGACGUCAACUAAGCGAAGUUGGCACGUCGGCCCGCUGCUGACAGGCGGCAGUCGCUGUUUCAACGUUGGCGCCGACAACGGCAGCUUUCGAGAACCCAAGCGCGACGGGUCAUUCAAGAUGCCGUCAUCUAGCGCAGUCACCACGGUGAGCCCGCCCGCCACCGCCGCGUCGCCCACCGCCGCAUCACCCACCGCCGCAUCACCCACCGCCGACUCUGUCACCCUGCUUGAUGUGCAGCUGCUCUCGUCCGUGUCGCAGGUCCUCCUACAAGGGCUGAGCCCCAGUGCCAUCUUCUCGGCGCGGGUCCGCGCGCGCGGUGUGCCAGACUUUUGGCAGCCGUGGAGCCGAUCUGUCAAGGUAGAGACGCUGCCUCUGGUUCAGCUGGACCAGAGCCGCUUUGGUGAGCACUACAUCAAUUUACACUGGUACCGCGGUGACCCGCUCAUGAUGGCUGCGGUGGCGCAGGAGGCGGAAGAGUUCUGUCGACUCCAGCGCGAGUUUCACAACUUCACCGAACGCGACCUGGAAGAGAAGCGGAACGCGCUGGGGCCGGCGGCGUUCGCAUCGCUGGUGAACCGUCUGCGCCGGCUGCGCAUGCUGCGACAGCUUUCCGCGGCUCGCGCGAAGGAGCACGCGGAUGGCAAGAUGGGGCUGGUGGUGGACCCCUCGUGCCCUGUGCAGGGAUUCCAGCUGCGCGUCAUUGACGAGAUGGGCAGCAUCUCGGAGCAUUACCUGCCCAACAGCCACUUCCAUGACGUCAACACACCACCGACGCUUAGCUUCACCGUGACAGGGCUGCAGCCGAAUAGUUUAUACGUGUGCUGCCUCUGCCCGCACUAUGGCGACGAUGUGUGGGGGUGCUGGACGGUGCCGCUCAAGUUCAUGACGCAUCACAUCAUCCACCUCGACAUGACGUACAUCAGCGAGAACUUCGUUGACCUGCAGUGGUGGCGACUGGACAACAAGCCGACUUCUCCGCUGGAUGAGCACGAUACCCUGCUGAGUAGCCGCUACACAGAGGAGGUGCAGGUGCACCAGCUCCGCAUCACACACGAGGAUGCUGUCACAGGCCAAGAAGUGCAGGAGUUCCGCAACAUGCAGGCCUGCAACGUGCUUCGGAUUGAUGCGCUACUGCCGGACAUGAAGUAUACCAUAGCCGUGCGGGAGUGGGAUCCAAAGGGGGAUUGGGGUUUGUGGUCGGCACCCUGUUCGUGCGUCACACUGCCCAGCAUUGAAACUGCAGUAACCGAUGUGAAGGAGAGUAGCGCGAUGGUGUCAUGGUGGCGCAUGAAGCCUCGAAUCGACUACGAGAACGACAUGCACGUGCUCGAGGACAGCUCGGAGAUAACCGGGUUCUACGUGCGGCUAGAGGAGGUGCCACUGCACACAAACUUUACCGCGUCGCCACCGACGACCACACCUGUUUCAGCCUGCCGCUUGCUCUCGCCGAUGGGCGCGUCCGACGCGUGCUGGGACGGUGUAGAGGCGUUAUCGCUGAGCAUGGGUGACAUCGGCGUGUCGAACAACUCCUUCCACGCAGUCGCACGCAUGCCCUCGGAAGAGAAGCGGCGGGCUGCCGAGGUUGACGAGCUUGAAGGCACGCUGGCGUUUGGCUUCCAGCGCGGCGGUCCUUUGCCACCAGAAGUCCACCCACAGCUGUAUGACGGGCUCGUACCUGACCGCAUUGACUGCAGCGAUGGAGCAGCCGGGUCGUCAUGCCCUCAGCGGCAGCACUACCUGCUCGUGAAGCGGAUGACAUCCAGCACGGAGCUGCAGCUCCACCUCGGCGACCUGCAUCCCCAGUCGGCCUAUCAGGUGCAGGUGAUGGCAGAGACGACAGGCGGGCAGGUGGGGCCGUGGUCGGCGCCGCACUUCUUCAUUACCACGCCGCAGUUGCACCUUUCCACCGACAUCAUUGAUGAGCACUACGUAUCACUGCAGUGGGGGCGGCCGCAGCUCGCCCCGCUAGUGGCUCAGAUCAGCGGUCGCGGAGGCACCAGCAGCAGCGGCGGCGGCGUAGCAGGGCUCUUUCCGGGCAGCGGUGGCUUUCCCAGCACGGUGGCAUGCGGGCGCACCGCGGUGGCUUCAAGCGUGGUGGUGACGUUGCCGACGUCGCAGGUGCUUCACUACGAGUUGGAGGUGCGCGGCGGAGCGGGUCUAGACUUUGUGUUCUCCACCCGCAUUGAAUCUGCUGCCGUAGACGGUACCUUCCGCGUCACAGGGCUGGCCAUGGACUCUGCGUACGUCGCGCGAGUUCGCUCCUUCAACGACGUGGGCGAGGCCAGCUUCUGGUCGCCUGUGCUGACCUUCGUGACACUCAAGCAGCUGCUCGUCUACCCGCAGGAGAUCACCGAGAGUACCAUCGAGAUGAGCUGGGCUCGCACCGAGCAAAACCCCGAACACUAUCUGACCUGCGCAACCUUCGACACGGCGACUGGCAUGGAGACGAACGCAGCGCUGGCUGCGGCGCCGGUGGUGUCGGAGGCACCUGCCUCAGCCACCACACCGGUGAUGCAGCCGGAGCAGUCUGUUGCACGCGUCCGUCCGGCAGUGUGCUUUGGCGAGUACCAAGCCGUCAAGUACCAGGUGCGUGUCUAUCACCUCACGGAGCAGGUGGCGCCGCGGCUGCUAGUGGACAAGCACCUUAACGGCAACGUCGCGAAGUUCCUUGUGCACUCGCUCGCUCCGAACAACGUGUACCUGCUCUACGCGCGUGCCAUCAACCGCGACGGUGUGUGGAGCGAGUGGUCGGAGGGGCGCUGCGUCUACACGAUGAGGCUUCUACUGUCCAGCAUUGCCACGGUCGGCGAAGACUUCGUUCGUGUGCAGUGGGCCCGAGAUGCUCCGGAGGAGCUGCACUACACACCGAGCGCGGCGAUCACCGCCACAGGCGCAGGAGGCCACCGGCACAGCAUUGCCGCCACCGCGGUCGGCACGAAUGAAGAGCACGAGGAGGAUGAGGGGUCGGUGCACGACGGGCAUCUGCUGCUGGAGGACACUGUCCCUGCGACGCAGCCGGGCUCGCCGAAUAAACUGAGCGCGGACUCGCCGGAUGCGUCGCGCCUGUGGCAGCAGGAGCGUCGCUUCCGUCUGCAUGACAGACCUGCCGAGGCCGGUGUCGUGUACUGCAGCGCCCGCACAUCGAUUCGCUCCUUCACCAUCUCUGUCCGCCGCUCGGACGAAGCGGAGGGCUACACAGUCGAGGUGCCCGGUCACGUGAGCAAGCACACGCUGCCUGCGCUGCAGCCCGACUCCAUCUACCUUAUCUGCGUCCGCGCCGAGUACAGGAGCGGGGAGCGCGGCUCGUGGAGCGACACUGUGCGUAGCGGCACCUACAACUUGUUAGCCAUGGACCUCAAGGAGGUCGGUGAGGACUACAUCUCGGCCAGCUGGCAGCGCAAAGCGAACACGAUCCACAUGGCAUCUCUGCACAUGGGCCAGGUGGAGGAGACGGUGUGCUACGAAGUGCGGGUUCGCGAUUACACCGACGUCCCACUUGGCGAGGAGGAGGGCGAGGCGGCCCAGCGCCGCGACAGCGAGAGCCGCAGCGUCUUCCUACACGCCAAUCAGCGCCAUACCUUGGUGCGUGAGUUGCUGUCCAACCACCGGUACCGUCUCUCUGUGCGGCGGUGGUAUUGCCCACACGCCGGAUUCGCAAGAGCUGCGCUGGCGGCCGCACCAGCGACUUUGACCGCGAAGGCGCGCAGCUCCGCGUCCAACACGGUAGAGUGGUGCAAGAGCAAUGGCGAGGACGGCAGCCAAGGUACACCAGAUAAGGAGCAGGAAAAGUGGACGACAGGAGAGGUGGAGGUGUCGCCGCUGUUGUCCGCCGUGCCAACAGUGCUGCAGCUCUACGAGCAGACAACCCACAUCGUAAUGGACGCGCCUCUGCGUGAGUCGAUGGAGAAGGCAAAGGCAGCUCCAGGUGUGUGGAGCGACUCUGAGUAUGUAGUGACGCUGCGCGACAUGGUGUGCUUGGUGGAGCGGGUUGGUGAAGAGUACUUCCAGCUCCGCUGGGCUCGUGACCCCCGCGCGGUACCUCUGUCGGUGCGGCGGGCAAUGCCGCUGAAGCCGAUCCAGAACUACCAGCUGCGCAUUGAUGAGCUGGUACGCGAUGGGUCAGGAGUGGAGACGAGCCGCAACAGCAACACGUUGCACCUAGACGAACUGAUGGCGCCAACGGAGACGUCGUACUUCAACAAGGCAGCAAAGCCAAACACGCUCUACAAGGUGGAGGUACGGUGUUGCAUCGAAAAUAUGUGGGGCCAGUGGAGCCGCCCGGUGUACAUUAUCACGCAGCCGUGCCUGGAGGUGGAGGUAAGCCGCAUUGGCGAGGAGUGUGCGACGAUCACCUGGCACCGACCUCGCGAGCCCCUGACACUGCCUGACGGUGAGGAGGCGGUGAUUGGGGAUGAGGAGGAGGCGGAUGACUCGUAUCAGUUGGAAAUCGCUGGAGUGGGCUUCAACUAUCAGAUAUCCAAACGUUUUAAGGCAUCCCGCUCGAGCUACACAGCGAAGCACCUUGACGCGGACGCACUCUACUCGGUGCGUGUGCGCGCCGGUGACGGACUUCGCCACCCUUGCAGCCUGUGGAGCGACACCAUCUGCUUUGCCACGUUAAAGCCGAUACAAGUAUUCGUGUCAAUGCUGACCGAGCAGUUCGUGCAUGUGGAGUGGUGUCGGCCUUCACAAACGGUGGGGGAGUACGCGGAGCGACUCGAGCAGCAGGCGGGGGCGGCAGCGGCGUCGUCGCUGACCUUCGCCCCAAGCGCCGUCUCUUUGCAGUCGCAGCCGCAGCCGCAAGAUGACAGCGGCGAGAGCACCCGCGGCGCACCCGUUUCAGCCUCGGCAUUGGCGCCGCACCCGAGCGGCGCUGUUCAACUCGGCAACCCCGGUUCUCUUGCUUUCCACUUAUGCGUCUUCAACACUCGAGAGACACCAUCUGUGGCUGUGGUGGACAAGCAGUUCCACAAGGAUGCAUCGCACUACCGCUUAGGCGGGCUAGUUGCCGACACACCUUAUGUCAUCAUUGUCCGUGCCUGCUGCGAGGCCACCAAUGACUGGGGUCUCUGGAGCGAAGAACGUACCUUCCGCACUCUGAAGCUCCUGGCGCCCACGGUGUCGAGUGUCGGCGAGACAUACGCGGUGCUGGCGUGGGAGCGGAACGAGUGCGAUUCGCGCAACGCCGGCGGUGGUUCUGUAGGUGCCGCUUUAGGCGUACCGACGCUACCGACGAAGUAUCUCCUGGUCCUCCGCUCCACGCUCUACGGCCCGUUUGAGCGCGAGAUAUCGGCCGAGGAGUGCCGUACCACGGCGACGCCGAUGCAGGAAGGGUACUUGGUUUCCUCGUACCGCCUGCCCCAACUCCAGCCGGGAACCGAGUACGCUGUCGCUUUGCAGCCCUGCUACGGCGGUGGUGGCGACUGGGGCUUGUGGUCGCAAGCGGCUACUUUCACGACGCUAUACCCAGUGAAGCUGACGGCGAACAGCAUUAAGAAUGCGGUAGACCUCAGAUGGGGCCGCUGCCGCCCGGCGCUGGCCGUUGGCUUUGUGGAGGACGUCAGCUUUGCCGAAGGGGGUGCAGAGGGGCCUAGCAAUAGCAACCCCGCUCCCGCAUCACAGGUCCCCGCGGCGGCAGCAGCCGCUCUCCCAGCAGCUGGCAGCCACACGGCGACCGGCGCGAUGCUCGUCGGCUCUCGUACUGUGUCGCGCUACCGGCUGGUGGUGUACCGCGAGGCUGACCUGGCCGCCUUGCACCAGUCCGGGUCAUCGCUGGAGGGUAGCUUGGUGCAGCAGCCCCCCUCCGGCUUACUUGUCUGCCCUAACAUAACACCCGGUCAGGAGCACCAUCUUGGCGAACGCAGCAGCGUCACGGUAUCGCACCAGAGCAGCACUCUGAAACACCGGGAGCAGCAGGAUGUGCUUACCAUCCACACGCCUGCCCAACUUUACAACAGGCUUGACGAUCCCUUCGACCCACUGAUGAGCGCUAUCCAGACGAAGAUUCCAGACAUGGAUAUGGCGGCACUUACGAGCCUCGAUGGCACCACGGCGCUGCCUUCGCCGUCCAAGGACUCGCUCUUCCGGAGGCAGUACGAUGUGACGGACGCUGCAGUCUCAACGGCGCCGCUCAGUCCACGCAGCCAGGCCAAUUUUACCCAGGGAGGCAAUGCUGCCCUCGCCGGGGCAUGGUCCACUACCUCCUCCAUGCACGAGCACAUUGAAGGGCUCACGCCGGACACGUUGUAUGUGGCGCGCAUCCGCGCAAUGGACCUCUUUGGGUACUGGGGAACACCGGUGGAGGUGCGGUUUGCGACACCGCCGAUGGCCCCGACGCAGGUUGCGCUGCGGCGCGUGAAUGCGCAGUUUUGCUCCUUACAGUGGGCUGCUCCAGAGGCGCCCGCUGACGAAACGGAGGCCGCCACAACUCGUAGGCGCUACCGCUAUGUGAUUGAUCAGUGUUUCCUGCAGGCCGAUGGGCCGUCGUCGGGCGUCAGUACCUUAGGCGGCGGUGGCGGUGGCGCGAGUAAGCGCAAGGCGGGUGGGGCAGGGGCAGCGAUCGGUGCCACGACCACCAUUGCGGCGGCGACCUGGCACGUCAUAGACACCGUCGAGGAUGCAAACGUCUGUGCUGUACGCAUCAGCGGCCUGCUCUCCCGCAUGCGAUGCCGUGUCAAGUGCGCGCGCCGCAUUUUACCGGCGUCCGGGAGCGACACAGACAGCGGCGCAGGUGCUACGGUGCCAGACGAACAUCUCGGCCCGUACAGCGACUACUCGGAGGCUGUUGCGGUAUCCAGCGGCACCCCGCCGGAGGGCGUGGUGGAUCCACAUAUCACGAUGCUGUCGCAGAAUGCCGCUACACUUGAGUGGCUGCCGCCGCCGAAGCCGUCCGAGGCUGCCACAGGGCGCUACACCCGCCCCGUCUACCACGUGUACCUGGCCAAUACGACAGACCAGCCGUACCCUGUGCUACUCGCGACAGUGCACCGGCCGUCGUACAUUCUGACGAACCUGACGCCGUCCACGACCUACACAGUGCAGGUUGUUGCCGAGAACACUGACGGUGUGAGUUUCCGAAAUCCGAUUCUGCGCUUUCACACGAAGUCAGAGGAGGACAACACCGUCUCCCGGCACGACGAGGGCGGCGGCGCAAGCAGCGUGGCCAUCUCCACUGCCCCCCCGCUGGCCGAGCUCGUGCCGUUCCAUGGCCCCCGCGCCGCACCGUCCGACGACCACGCCGGUUUUAUGGACAGCGGUGUCGACGUCGCUGAUAUUCCAACGGCUGUGCAGCAGUCGAUGAAGUCUCCAACCCCGCCGGCUUCUCGUCGUCGACGCGGCAGGCGCGGUGGCUCAUCGGGGCGGGCCAACGUGUCGAGCGCAAAGCGAAAGGCAAUUCGUGGACGAGGCCCUGCGAAUAAGCGGGGCACGCCUGGAGCGCCCGGCAGCGCAGCCGGAAGGCGCAAGCAUAGCACCCGUAGCCUUUCCUCAUCGAGCUCAGGCGCUAAGCAAUCCAGCAGCGUGGCGGCCAAGCAGGCGGCAGCUGAGACACUCCGCGAGACACGACCAUCAGGUGGCAGCUUCCUCCCUCCACUAGCGAAGACCUUUUAA